GCACAACAUCGGCCAUGACGGAAGUACUUCUAGUUGCGACACAGCUCGAUUCUCUCAAACAUCUCAGUUCUGAAAAUCCGUUUCCCGGUGAACUAAGCUACAAAAGGUUAUAGUGAAAACCGAUCGACCGGAGAGCUUUUUCAGCCUUUUUCAAAUAGACGAUUUGUGAAUGAAAUAUAAACCACCACCAGAGACAAUGUUGAUCAAUUGAAACGCACGAGAAGAGAGGCUGGAAAUGGAUAGUGAAUAUGUGCCAGUAUGCGAAGAAUUUAAGAGCCGUGUCAUUGGAAGGGAUGGAAGCGUGUUGAAUAGUAUAAGAGAGAGAUCGGGAGCAAUAAUUACAUCCAGAUAUAGAGAAGAAGAAGGAUUUACUGUUAGUGGAAAUGACCAGCAGAGAGAAACUGCAAAAAGACUAAUUUUAGAAAAAGUGGAGGAAAUAGAACUAACCAAGUGGGAGGAAGUGGAGAUUCCUACCGAAUACAAAGGUUUGGUGAUUGGAAAGCACGGAGCUAAUCUGCUUGUGAUAAGCAAAGAGACAGGAGCAAAAGUGACCCGUAAAAGAGGAGAGGUGCACAUUACACAGGGAACAAAGCAACAAAGAGAUCACGUGAAGUUGCUUAUCAAACGCCAAGUGGCUUUAGCACGACUCAGGGGCCUAGAAAACAAAAGCUAUACAGUCUGCUGUUUCAUUGACGAUUGGAAUAUUACCGAGAACUGUAAACUGAAGCUGGAGCGAGUUUCAGAAAAAGAUUGUUUGGUGGUCCCCAGCUCGCAGGCGCAGUUUCGACUACAAUCUUCAAGAGAAUCCAACCUACAGGAAUGUGUGAGUGACUCAGGCUAUUUAUCAAAACUUCAUGACGCCACGUUGGAAUCACUGCGAAAACUGAAAGCUAACAUGGAUUCAAGCAACCAGUUAGAAGCUGACAUGUGGUGUCAUUUUGGAUUAGCCACUAUUAGUGGGCCUAGUGAAGAGGACAUUGGGAAAGAAGAAUGGAGCAUAGAUGAUGCAGCAGCAAAGUUUCAGUCGUCAAGGGAAGGAAAUUAUUGGAAGGUUACUUUUCAAGAAGGCGUGAAUUUCAUUGAGGAUAUUUUCAGACGAUAUUACUAUGACGAUACACCAAAAGAAUACCUCGACUACGCCGCAAGAUAUGACUUAACAUUCUUCACUCCAUGCAGUCGUCAAGUGAGAUGUAAGGUCUGGGUGGCUAGAAAGAAUGUCAAGAAAAAAUUGGAAGGCAUUCCAUUACCACUUAGUGACGUCAAAAACAUUCUGAAAGAAAUUUGCUUCACCGAUGAAACCACUCGGUCACGAAGUCGAGGCUGGAUAGUUCUUCCCUCGCGAAGAUAUUUACAAGGAGAUAUUUUAUUUCCCGGGUGCGAGUUUGAUUGCAGACUCACCAUACGUGAACGAACAGGGAAUGCCACAGAUCUAGACCAUGUACCCAAAGAAGAUGUUAUACGCGUGUUGGCAGAUUAUCUUUCUGAGAUGACUUUGAAGGAAGACGACUCUUUUGGACUAAAACUCCCGGAGAAGAAGAUCCCAGAAGGAUAUCAUUUGAGCCACAAGCGGUUUUCCAAACGAAUCGUGUACAAGUCCAAACCAGGUUUCAGUAUAAUUCUAUCGAGGGAACUAUCGUGGCGCCUUGUGGUGACUGAUGAAAGAUCCAGAGAAUCGACUGAUCUACACCUACAUUGUGACGACUGGGACAGGCUACUCAGAAGUGGACAGUGGGAAGCAGAGAUGAUUGUCAGAAAGUUACCCGAUUUUCUUGAAUUUGUCAAAGAAGUUCAAGGCUUUGUUGUCGGAAAGAUAAUGAGAAGUGGGCUGGAAAGGAUAGUUCCUCCAGAGAUUCUUGCAAGAGGACCUCUCGCUCUACAGGCCUAUUACAACGCCCUGCAUGAAGGAAAAAUCUGUGACAGGAGGGUACCGCUGAUGUUGGUUGGACAAGACCGAUCCGGAAAGACUAGCUUGAAGAAAUCGUUGAAGGGCAUAUGCUUCAACCCAGAGGAGGAGAGCACUGUGGGCAUCGAUCUUGAUCCUAACCCUUUUGAAGUGACCACGGAAAUGUGGAUGACAGGAAAAAAGAAUGAAGACGGAGAAGUUGAUGAAGAAGCUAUUUCGUUUGAGCAAAAUGCUGCACGUUUGGCUGCUGACACAUUAAGGACGACAGAAACCGUCAAUGAGAUUAGUAGAAGACACAAUCCUGGCGAGGGAGAGGACUAUGAUAUUGAUGAGACCGAUGAUGUAUUGGAGGCAACCUCCACUGACUCAUCGAGUGGCCUUCGAAUUGAGAAAACUGAGGAUCAGUUAUCCACCGAAAGCAGCUUUAAUGAAAAUCGUUCGCCAGUGAGACAAGUUCCUGGUCUAAAGAAAUUGGAUCCCGAAGAUAAUUUACCCAACCCCACACCAGAUCAAGCAUCAGAUUUUGAAGAAAUUGCUGCAAGGAUUGAAAGUUUACUUAAAGAAAGAAAGAAGAGAAAAGAGGAUGAGGCUGACGAUGUCUAUUCAAUUCUGUGGGAUUUCGCUGGAGAAUCCGUUUACUAUGUAACACAUCCCCUUUUCCUUACGGCAAGAGCGAUCUAUUUUCUUGUUUAUAACCUCAACUGGAACCCAAACGCAAAAGCCAAUCAGCUAAUGAAGCAGGGAGUAUACGCAGAGUCUCAAGAUAGUUUUAACCUAAAAACUAACUUGGAUUACCUAGAUUUCUGGAUGAAUUCGUUAGCUUCCCUAGCCACAUAUAGCGAAGACAAGGAUAUGGAUACUCAAUUCGAGGUACUUCCAAAACGACUGCCAAUGGUUUUUUUGGUCUGCACUCACGCUGAUGAACCAUACGAGGGCAGAGAUGCACGCAAGCUCGCAGCUGAAGUGUAUGGAACUUUGAAGGAGAGACCUUACGGUACCCAUUUGUUUGGUAUGUAUUGUGUAGAUAAUACAAAGUCCGGCCGCGAGUCUGAGUGUCAAGAAGUCGGCCGCCUGCGAAAGGAUGUUCUCGCUGCUGCUAAGAAAUUGCCGCAUAUCAAAGAGGUGAUUCCAGUUAAAUGGUUAAAGUACGAAAAAACUCUCCAAUGCUGGAAAAAGGGCGGGUAUAAUUUUAUUUCCCUCGAAACAGCCAAAAGGAUAGCAAACCAGGAAUGCGACAUCACUGCUGAAAACGAUUUCAAGACGCUGCUCAACUUUCUGCAUGAUCUAAGAAUCUUGAUCCAUUUUGAUGACACAGCAGAACUAAACGAUCUAGUAGUCCUAGAUUCUCAGUGGUUAAUUGACGUGUUCAAGAAGGUAAUAACCGUAAAACCCUACCAUUGGGAAGAGGAGCCCUUUUUAGGAUUAUGGAGGAAGCUUGAAAGAGAAGGAAUCUUGGAGGAAAAGCUUUUGGAACAUGUUUGGGAACCUCAGUUAAUCGGCGGCAGAGAAAAUUCUGAAAAAUUAAUUGCAUUAAUGGAGAGAUUUAGCUUAUUGUGUUCAUGGCCUUCACAUGGUGUCUCGGGUAACAGGCAGUUCCUCGUACCCUCCAUGCUAAAGUCACAAGCACCAGAGGGUGUCAUGAAAUUGGUUUCCUCCGCGCAAAUACCUUCUCUCGUUGUAAAAUUUGAAUCUGGUCAAGUCCCUGCUGGCCUGUUUCCGAGAUUAGUCUUACAAUUCUUUGAAUGGGGAAAAGAGAGUUUUUGGAGCUCAAAGCGCCUAAAGUUGUUUCACGGCUUUUCCAGGUUUUACACGUCUCAAGAUGCCGGGUGCUCAGUAAUUCUUCUAUGUCACUCGUCUUACAUCGAGGUUGUCUACCAUCAGGGUAACGCAAAUGAUGAGUCGGUAAAUGCUUUGCAGUCACCCCUCUCCCAGAAGUCAAUGAACAAGUUGUACAAUGAAAAUGAUUUAAGCUGUUUCCGGGUUGUCUGUAGACAGUUGGGCUUGAUUCUGGAGUGCAUGCGUAAUCAGUUCCGCUGGCUGAACAGUAUGAGAUACAAGAUGGGUAUCAUCUGCCCAAUCUGCCGUGAACAAAGUGCCGUCGAGUACUGUGAAAGGCAUCAAAGUCUAAAUUGCAAGCAAGAGGAAUGCCUCCACUUUUGGUCCGAGUCUGAACUGUGCGCAUCCAAGGGAGAUGCAUUUUGUAUGGAAUCUGUUUCGGCGCUAAAUAACAGAUUUAACCCUGAGCGCUGGGCUCCUUGGUUUUCAUCUCAGGAUAACUGGGUGGGACGUAGUAAUCACUGUGAUGAACUUUUGUUCCUGGAGAAAGGGAAAGGUGCUACGACUCUCUCUGUCCCUUGUGAGAUUGUAGACACCCUUUUGGCACAGUCGAAUGAUUGCAAAGAUUUUGUACGACAAUUAGAAGACAAAUUAAAUCUGAAUGACGCCGUCUUGCGAGACCCUGAUCCUAACAGGGUACUGAUUCGUACCCUGGCGAGAAAGGCUAACAAUGCAAGCCGAAGUGAUCUAGUUGAAGAGCUGAGAAAAAUUGUACCGGCGGGAACUACAGCUCCAAUGUUACCGGAAAGCCUUCUUGUUCGAGGAAUCCCUUUCAGUCAACUAAAAAAGCUCACUAUCACCUUAAGCGGUGGAGAUGAGUGGAAGAUAUUUGCAGAGAAACUGAGACUAACCCCAGAAGAGAUUCGUUUCCUUGACAAUCGCACUUUGAAUCCAGCUGAUGCAGCUUUGGGUUACAUUGCACAAAAAUAUCAGAUAACAGUGGGUGAUCUUUAUUACCUUUUAACUGAAUGUGGACUACCCGUCGUAGCCGAUUUGCUUUGAAAGUAGUACUUCUUUUCCAAGUGGACUACAGUCAGUCAGUAACUGAAAAAUGUACAAUAUAAUCAGUUAGAUGUUACUUUGCAAACUAAUAAUUUUUUUGAAGUA